CGCGCCUGUUACUUUCAUCGCGAGUCUUCAUACACACGUAUGGCCUUUGUUUAUUUGUUUCCGAACUGUGUCGGUCAUCCAUUAGUGAUUGAUUUUGAACGUCCCGAGAUACCGUGAUACGCCACAUCCGCUCCCGCUCCCGCAGGCGUUUUGUUUCGUGAGCAUGGCUGGUGACACGGGCUUCCAGCUUGACGGCCUCGAUGAGUUUUUUGACUUUGCGCGCCUCGAACGAGAUAAUGAUGGUUCCGUCAACCAUGGGCCAGAGCAAGCUUUUAGGCCGGACUCGAACAUGGAGUGGGAGUUGACUUACUCCAUGGACUGGCAGCCUACAGUGGUGGGUGACGUUGACAUCUCAUCCGCGUUGCCAUCCGAAGAUGCCUUCAGUGCGCCCAUGCUUCAAUCCAGUCACGUGGAUCACCUGCAUCUAAGCCCAACUACACUUGACAUGGACGUCCUAGAGGUAGCGACGAAUCCUCAGCAGCUGUCAUACAAUCAUGUGCCAAUAAAUCCUUUGCCCCCAUCAAAUCCUCACCAUGUAACUCAAACUCCGUCUGUAUCUACGCCAGAGCCCAUGCUGUCAUCUUCAGAUGCUACCAGUCUUCCAAGCGAGAUCUCAUCACCUGCGCCCUUGAAACGCAGCGGAACAGCAAUUCGAAAACCAGCUUCGGCGACAAGAAAAGGGGCGUCGAACCGCAUACCUCUCGAAGCCAGACAAAUGUUGGAAGAAGAAUUCACUGCGAAUCCAUAUCCAUGUUCUUGGGAAAUCGAUAUCAUAGCACAUCAAGCCAAUCUAGACGUCAAGCGGGUCCGCAAUUGGUUCAACAAUACCCGUGCUCGAAAGAAAGGGUCUGAUACACUUGGUCCUGUCUUACCAAAAGCAAAGGAAAGUACCUGCUCGCUUGCCUCGCAAUUGUCCAGGGAUAGCCUUGAAGCUCUGGACAAGCAAUCAAAAGAUUCUUCUCAGCCACCUCAACCCCCUCUCGCCUUGUAUCUUGCCCAAUCGUAUCAGGAAGAAGCCUGUACGGUAUCGGAUAUCCAGGCAGCUAUUCACAAUGGAUCACUCAAUGAUGACGUCGACGGCCAAAUGGACACAACAUCGAGCUCAAAAAUGGGCAGGUCAAGUUCCAUCAUCACCUCCGUCGACUCUUCAGAUGGCACAGCGCCGACAACGUAUAGUAGCGGCAGUAAUUUGUCAUCGUUCAAUAGGGAUCGGAGACGAGGCCGUCGCCGAAUGGAAUGGAAAACCUCGCCUUACACUCGCACCAAGUUGAAAGGGUUGGACAGUGCUGGUGUUCCACAGGAAGAUUUGCCUUUCUGCUGUACAUUUUGUCCCAGGGCUUUCAAAACAAAAUAUGAAUGGAUUCGACACGAAGAUUCCGUACACGCCCUGCGCACAACGUGGAUAUGUUGCGACAACAAAACCAACGCGCCUCUACUCUCCUGUCCGUUUUGUGGACAGCUCCGCCCCGAUGAUUAUCACAUGGCCAGCCAUAAAUACCAGCAAUGUCGAAACAAAACCGAAUCGCAACGCACCUUCUAUCGACGAGACCAUUUUGUGCAGCACCUACAUCAUGUCCAUUUCGCCAACGUAAAGCAUCCCUCGGCACGGCUUGGUUGCCAGGCACGCAUAAUGGACAGUGAGGGAAACAACUUUGGUUGCAAAGACCUUGUCGUCAAAUGGCGGCGGUUUGGUGCCCCCAUAAAAGUUGACGACCCCAUGUUACACUGCGGGUUCUGUGGGAAGCGGUCUAAAAAUUGGGGUGACCGAUGUGAGCAUGUCGCUGAGCACAUGUAUGCUGGCGAGCUGGAUCGCUCUGCGUGGUGGCAGGAGAGGUUGGAGAACCAUCUGGAAAAUCUCGUACAUCCUGAGGCUGUGGGUCCUUUCCGAUGUCGAUAUUGUUCCAAAAUCUUUGAGAACACUGACGCAAUGAACAAACACUCUCAUUGCCGUGUUUGGAGCUGUCGAUUCUUACGCUCUUUUGACGAUAUCGCAGCAGAGAACGCAGGACCUCCGCUGAGUCACCAGUUUCCAUCAUCCAAAGCCCAUCACUGCCACCUGUGUGGAGCAGGCUAUCGAUCGUUCCACGUCGAACAUGCGCAACAUUACCACCAAUACCGGCAUUGUGAUCAGCGGCUAUACACUUCUGAAGAUGAGUUUCUGCAGCACUUACACGAGUCGCACGGCGCCUCCCCUCCUUCCAUCUUAAAAGGAAACUCCAUCUUAGAGCAAAGUUUCUCCAGAAAUAAGGGAGGAUCCUUCGAACCUCUUCACCUGGAUGAAAUUAUGCAAGGCUGCCGUGAUGCGACAAUGAGUGAGUUCUACAUUGAUCCCGUUUCCAUCGAGACGGCAUCCAAAACGAGCACCACCAAAGAAGACUCGAUCGCAACGCCCAAAGCUCGACCAACUACCCCCGCUCGGAAGAAGAUGCUCGAUCAAACUCCAGCAGGAAGCCAGAAAUCAGUCAAAAUACAACGCCAACGCUCCGAUAGCUCGAACCCCAAAGCCCCGUCUCAAGGCCCGCGCUUCUUCCGUCUCAGUCCAUUAGUUCCUUUCCUAUCAUCUCGAAUAUACUAUCUACGUAGUGCGAUGCCUGCCAGUCUCUUUCCAGACGGCAAGGCAGUCCUCGAUGAGAUUCCAAAGAGCCAUGUGGCAACUUUGGUGAUGAGCUCGGGGCUUGUAGGAUUAGCGGGUGUUCACUUCCCGCUGAAAAUGCAGAGGGAUGGUUUGAAAGGUCCGGUUGAGCUUGCUCUGGAAGAAGAUGAUGACGAGUAAUGAACAGUUCAUGUAAAGGCUUUUUGUAGGGAUAUGAGUAGAUCAUAAGUGAUAAACAGUUCCUGUUAAGGCUUCAUCAAAAGUGAGGAUGCAAGUGUAUAUUAAUCUCCAAUAAUCUAUAAUGAAAAACCUGUAUGAAGCCCACACUAGACGAAGAAAAGUUUGUGAGACAUCCAAAAACGGCUCGAUAGGCAUAAAUUACUGCACUGAUAUGAAGGAUGUCAGUGUGAAGUGGAGCUGGCCACUGGGAACGAGAGGAUCUACGCGACUAGUAUACUGUAGUCGUUUACUAGUAAGAGUCUUGUCUAGUAAUCUAUGAAAACUUUGCAAUCCCCCACAUACGGCACACGA